UCCAGAGGAAGCAGGAGAGAGAAAGCUAGUACUCUAGAGAGAGAGAAGCGCCAGAGAAUCUCCCAGGUCUGAUUGUCCAAAAGACUGAACUCGCACAGGAAAAAAGGAAGAGAGGAAUGGGAAAGGCAGAGAGAAGCCCCUAAUUUAUGGCUUUUCCACCCAAAACCCAAUGCAAAGUGAUGAGGAAGAAAAUCAAUGCCUUCUCCUAUCCACCACCAAACCUUGGUAGAGUGAGAACAAUACAAGAGGAGCCAGCAGAGAAUAAGAAGACCAGAAGUUGACAAACUUUUCCUGUUCUUCGAGAAGCUCAUUUUUUUCUCCUCUUCUCCACUAGAGGGGGUGAGAGAGGAGAAGAUCCCUCUCAUCUUCAUCUGCCUGCCAAGCUAGUCUCCCCUCUCCCUGCCCUGCAUCUGGUUCUCCCGUCCAUGGCCUAGGGACCAAGGAUUGUAUCUCUGUCCAUGUGGAUGGCGAUAAACUAGUACUUGUUUAUAGGUGUUGCUGUUUGUUUGGUUGGCCUUGUCUCCUUUUUCGAGGAAGUGGGGAAAGGCGGAAUCUUUCGUUGGAUCAUGGCGGUUCCGAGGCGGCCGGUGGGAUUCGUCUCCCCGUGACACGAUCCUUCUGUCUCCACGAUUUCCUGCGGUCUCUUCUUGGUGACGCAACCUGGAAUUUUCCUCUGCUCAUUCAUGAUAGAGAUGAACUGAAUAAGCUGGCAUUCAUAGCUCAGUUUCUUGGGAGUUAUACAUACAGAGUCUCUCACCCACCGUCGUUUCGCAUCUGAGAAAUUGGUCACUUCCAGGUGCAUUUCCUGUGCUGCAAAAGGAAUAGCUGGAUAAAAUAGCUGAACUACAGAGACUUGGUCUGCAGAUUCUUCUAUUCAGCUCUGUUUCAUAUUUGGCCAUUUUGAAUGGGAGCAAAAGUUGAGGGCAAGAUCUAUAUUCCAGGAUGCUUUGACAUGGCAGAUUCUAGUGUAAACUCUAACUGCAAUGCACUGCCAUACUUCAAGGAGAAUAGACCAAGUGUGCAUCUUAGUGACAAGUUCACAAUAAAAUCUUCAAAUGGAUCUGUACAAUAUGACAAGGAAAUGCUAAAGCGGACAAUGCUUGUACAUGAAGCUACAUUUCGGAAACAGGUGUAUGAACUUCACCGUCUUUACAAAAUUCAGAAGGAAUUAAUGGCACAAUUCCAAAGAGAAGAGUUCAAUGGUUGUCCUAGAUACGCAGAUGCAUUGCAGCCAAGGUCCUCUCCAUCGCAGGUACUACUUGGGGAUGUUAAACAAGUGUGCCAAACUGUGACUCCUAUUUCUGGACAUGAUCAUAAGCAAUCAUCCAUAGAUUUGAUUAACGAGAGUAGUUCACAGUAUAGUGUGAGUGGAGCUCCUUUGAGGCAUAACAAUGUUAGGUCUCAAAAUAAAAUGUUGGACCUUCAGCUUCCAGCAGAUGUGUAUGCUGACGACGAUGAUGAUGUGGAGAUCCUGGAAGUGAGGCCUUCAAAAAGUUUGCCAUUGGUUAAUGGUUCUAUUCUGGGUGGAAAUGUCAAUCUCAACAUUGAAAAUAGUGAGGGUUCUUGGAUCACUGAUAUGCAGGCACAUCACAGCUCAGCUGCGCAUAUACUGAAUAAACCAGUUGAAGAAUCAUCUAGUAUGAAAAUGACAGAUUCUUUUGGUGUGGGAACAUCUGCUUCUCAGAACCAGCAUUAUGUAUCACAGGGAGUGAAUCUGAACAUUCUAAGCUUGGAAGGAAAAUUAAAAGAAAAAUGUGUUGGUAAAAUAUCUUUCUCUAGGUUCUUUGGUGCAAACGAGGAUGCGAGGCAUUGCAAUUCAUUUGGACAGAGGAAGGAUGAUUCCAAUGCUAGCAUGGCAUGGUACAAACAAAAUUGUACUGGUUCCUCAAUGGGGCAUUACCCGCCUAGUGCUAGCACCUUCAAUCACUUGAUCUUUGCACCACCUAGCUUCAAUCAUGCACUGAAUCCUCCAUGGCAAAGCAACAAUGCAAGCUACUUGACUAAGAGUCAUUAUGGUGCUGCUGAAACAUCCAUUGCUAAGCAUGCUCCCUCCAGUGGUAUCUCGAUGGAUUCUACUCCGCAUAUGCCAUAUCAUCAUUCACUGAAGAUUCAUGAAGAGGCACAACAUCGAAAGCUCCCUUCACUCCACCAUAACUUGAAGGAUAUAGAUCUGAAUGACGCCCCAGUAGAUACCGCUGCCACUUGGGAACAGGGAAGUGAGAAAUCAGUGGCUGAUAUCUCUUGUCUCAGCAAGAAACCGGUAAGCCUGAUGAAGUCAGAAGUCCCAUCAGGUUAUGUGAAUUGCAAUUCCCAGAUAUUCCCCAGUCCCACAUUAUAUUCAGAAAGUAAACCUUCCACAGGAGUCCCCGCCUUUCCCGUCAGUGUUGGCGCUGAAAAAGAUUCUCGGUGCUCACCCACUCUUCAGUACGAUCUAAACAUCGGACCAUCGAUUAAUUGUGAACCUGACAUGGAAAUGCAACCCCAGAGGAAGGAAGCUGCCAUAGAUACUAGGAACCUCAUUGACCUGAAUGAACCAUUGCCGAUCAUGGAUGAUGCAGAGAUGGAUGCUUGUGAAUCAGGUGAACUUGUUCCUCACGAACCUGAUGAUCCUUCAAGGGAUUCUCUUGCUAUAACCGCAGCAGAGAAUCUGGUAGCAAUUUCUAAUGUUGUCAUUAAGCCAACUUCUCCUCAACCUGACACUUUGCGUUGGUUCGCUGACCUAGCUACAUCCAAAGAGAACACAAUGUUUGACAAGGACAGCGAUGAUGACUUUGAGGCUUUGACACUGAAGCUGCAAGAAACCAAAAGCAACGAGUACCAUUCAACACCAAGAGCCAGCCAGGAGGAUAUCCGCGACAAUGGGCAUUGCUCUGCAGCUUCACUGCUGAUCCCAAAACCUCAGAGAGGCAAAGGGCGAGGACGCCGUCAGAGGAAAGACUUUCAGAAGGACAUCCUGCCAUGCCUCGCCUCAUUGCCAAAGCAUGAGGUGUCAGAGGAUCUUUGUGCACUCGGGAGGCCAAAGCUAGUGACACCAACGAAGCGAGGAGGCCGGAAUGGGCAGCAGCCGAGGGGAAGGCGCCGGGCAAGAAGUGUGGCUGUGUCCAUGGAGGUGGAGGAAGCUGCUGAGGUCAGCCCACCGCCGGUGUCACCACCACUUGCCCCUGCUGACUUGGACACCGAUGCACUGGGCAUAACCAGGUGGGGGAGGACCACCAGACGCUGUCGAAGGCCAAGAUGUCCACCAGCUAACAAUGCGUCGUUGCAUGUAGCUUGAAGAGUUUUAGGUGUUUUAACUGGUGAGAUUGGUCAGAGUUCAGAAACCGUGUUUUCUUUCCUGACGAGUUGCAGAGAAACUGAGGAACUAGUAGGUGUAAAAGUAGUCAAGUCAUAAUUGUACAUGCUUCUCAGCACUAAUUUGGGCUCCAGAACCUGCAUUGGGUCAAAACAUCUUGCAUAUCUCUUUGAAAUGAACUCUUAAGCCCUGAAAGAAAUGCACCUGGGAAAUUAGCCUUUCUACCA